GGCCUUUUCAUCGCGGUAGUGAUGGUUGGUCUUUGUCGGGAUUUCAAAGAAUACCAAAUAAAUGCGAGGCAGAGAGAAAAACAGCAUGACGCGCUUCUGUCUUAUUCGCCAUGCCCAAUAGUUACAAUCCUAUUGUACGUACGGCAUUUAUCACGCCUCACAAGAUCGUAAUUCUUUUUCUCAUCAAAAAAUUCUGCCAAUUUCAAUUCGACGGUGAUAUCCUACCAAAUGUCGUCGUGUUCCUGGUUGAUCAAAUUAUGGCCACCGAAGAGAAUACUGAAGCUUCCUUGGACGAUCUAUGUAUUGAACUUGAACGCAUCGAUACUACAGAAGCUGACCCGCCAUUGCCAGAAGUUAUACAGGGAGAGUUGGAGAAACUUGAAACUCCCGAUGACCUUUUCGAUUUUAUGCGAUCUUUAGCGGAUGUCGUCGAUGACAGCGAUGAUGACCGAGAUGCCGAAUCGGAUAUAACGCCAGUGGAAAAAACCAGCAUCUUCGGCAUAUUUGUCCGCCGCUGUCGAUUAGAAUACUUUCGAUGUGCAUUUCAGCAGCAAUCAGAAAUAUUUGUUGCAUUCCGAAAUUACCUUAGUCGCUCGGCAGACGAUAGAUAUUUGGAACGCAUUAUCAAUGAGACUUCAUCCUCCGAUCGUUCCUUGCGCGUUCCACUUGAUCUUGUGGAAUCUUACGAGAACGACCAUAUCGAGGGAUGGAUUUGUGAUCAUCACAUCAACAAGUUCUUGGUAUCAGAGGCGGAGUCAUUGGAAAAAACUGGGGACAGCUCGCUGCCAGCCGAUAAGUUAGACCGUUAUUUAGACUUCAUCGAACGCCAGGCACCUGACCUCGCACGUAUUCAUCAAGUCCGAUUUCUAAACUACAUUCGGAUCGGCGAAUAUGAAGGCGCGGUGGCCCUUGCGCACCGCUUUUUCGACAUUUUCUUAUUGAAAGAUCAUGAGCCUUUUUUCCAAUAUGCAUUACUGCAGAUGGGCAUCGUGGAAGCACAGUUUGGACAUCACGCCAAAGCCAAAGUGCUCUUUGAAGAAUCGCUUACUAUCGCUCGCCAGUUGCAAGACGAAGAUUGCUUGAACCAGUUGUUGAGUUGGUUGAGGUUCAUCGAACGGGAAACGUCGAAAGAUACCACCACAAGCAGUUACCCUGCAUUUGUACCUAACCGUGAAACAAGCGAUAAACACAAUGUUCUCUACUUGCAAACAAUCGACAAGCUAACUCAAGCACGGGAUAUGUUACGAAGAGGAGACGCACCUUCGAGCGUUUUUGAAGCACUGUAUCAAAGCGCAAUUCAAGGAGCUCUCAAUGAGCAACAUCAUAUAACUCAAGCGCAGUAUCUUUUGAAGGCGGUUAUGUGGAAAUACUAUGGUAACAACGCCCUCUCAACCGCAUAUAUGAAGAUCGCAAUGGACUUUGAAGACGCACCUGCCGACGAUCUCGAGCAAGCUUUCCUUCUCGCAUCCAACACGUAUGCGGCGAUGGGCGACUAUGAGUCAGCUUUAAAGGUGAUGCGAAAAUUUAGUAACAAGAACAAGGAACGCUACCACCGAUCUCUGGAGUGGAAACACAUCAUGGCGAAAAUAGAAUACGAGCAAGGACGAGGACAUCAAAGGCCCGACAACACCCUUUUGUCACAGUAUCACGAUAUGAUCCUUUGGAGUCACCAGGAACCCUCGGAUCGGUUCUUCGAAGCUUGGCACCAUUUUGCUAUGUCCAAGAAAGACAACGAUCCAGUUGAGUGUCAAAGAAUACUGCAAUUACUUGCACAACAUUUAAAGCGAAGAGACAACAUGAAGCAGUACAUGGAAAAUCAAAUUGCUCAGGCCCGGCUGCAAUCGGAUCACGGGCAAACAGUAUCCGCUAUUCGCCGACUAGAAGAAGUCCUUAAAACCUCUCUGGAAGCCUAUGAUGCAAUCCAUUAUUACACGGCUACGAUCCUUUUAGCCAAGCUUUAUGUUCGAGAAAGCACGGCACGAAAUGCGGAUCAAGCUCUGAUCAUGAUUGAACAAUGCGUACCUCAGGUGUUAGCUCUUGGGUCGCUCCAGCUCACAUCCCUGCUUUUCUUUACGUAUGCAGAGGUGUUGUCGGAUCACGGUCUCAAUGACGAGGGUAACAUAGUUGACAUCAGGAAAUUUGAGGAAGCUUUGCAUUACGUUACAAAAGCUGAACAAGGGUUUAAGCAAAUCAAUGAUCUUUCGGAACUGAAAUCCGCCUUGAUAUUUAAAGCGGUCGUGCUGGAUACCCUGGGUCGGAUAACCGAACGCGAUGAAAUAGCUGAGCAAGUUCAGCAAAUGUCCUAAUGAUCCACUGCAAAACCUACUAUCUUAAAUCUUAACAAGGCGAUGGAACAGCUAGGGAAAAUCCAGCACGCAUCCUCAUCGUCAAUCGCAUGGUCUAAUAACCUUGACCUCCAGUAUUAUUCUCGCAUCUGCAUCAACCAUACCUAAUUUAACACAGCAUAUCUAUUAUUAGCUUCCCUACAACUCGCGCAUCAUGUAGUACAAUUUGUAGCAUAUACUUCUCAAAUCGAAAAAAUAAGAAGCGAUAAUGCGCAGCAUAUCAAAG